UACUAUAUAUAUACACUCAGCCGCCUCCUCUGUUCUUUGAAAAUUUGCCAAUAUUUUUUAGUAAUUGGUGGUGGGCUAAUGUUGGUUGGUGGAGUCGAUAAUCCAAGUGAAAGCUAAACCCAUUUCCAUUCCAUUUCCACCAACCCUUUUCAAACCUACCCGCCUGCCAUUGCUUAACUUGGACCGGUUUCAGAGAUUUAUAUGCUGGAGAGAGAUUAAGAGAGGCAGAGAGAGACAGGGAAAUGGCCCAAGUGAGCAAAAUCUGCAGUGGCGUCCGAACCCCUCAAUUUCUUCAUGAAAUUCCCAAAUCUCAGAAACCCAACUCCGUAAAUUUGUUUUCGGUGAGCUCACCAUUUGUGGGAGCUUCGAAUUUUCGGGGUUUGAAAUAUGGCGAUGAAACGAGGGGAAAUUCUGCAGGUGGUAGAGUAACCGCAGUCGGUCCUCUUAAGGUUUCAGCUUCCGCCGUCACGACGGAGAAGCCAUCGACGGCGCCGGAGAUUGUGUUGCAACCCAUUAAGGAGAUCUCCGGGACCAUCCAUUUGCCUGGCUCUAAAUCCCUUUCUAAUCGGAUUCUACUUCUCGCUGCUCUCUCCGAGGGGACAACGGUGGUUGACAAUUUGUUGAGUAGUGAUGAUAUCCACUAUAUGCUUGGUGCAUUGAAAACACUUGGGCUGAACGUUGAAGAGGAUGGUGCAAACAAACGAGCCAUUGUUGGAGGCUCUGGUGGUCUCUUCCCAGUGGCCAAAGAAUCAAGAGAUGAAGAAGUUCAACUUUUCCUUGGAAAUGCUGGAACAGCGAUGCGUCCCUUGGCAGCUGCAGUUACUGCUGCUGGUGGAAACUUAAGAUAUGUUCUUGAUGGAGUACCCAGAAUGAGAGAGAGACCGAUUGGAGAUUUGGUUGAUGGUCUCAAGCAGCUUGGUGCAGAUGUUGAUUGUUUCCUAGGCACUAACUGCCCUCCAGUCCGCGUAGUUGGAAAAGGAGGCCUUCCAGGGGGGAAGGUAAAACUCUCUGGUUCAAUUAGCAGUCAAUACUUAACUGCCUUGCUGAUGGCAGCUCCUCUGGCUUUAGGAGAUGUUGAAGUCAAGAUAAUUGAUAAACUAAUUUCUGUUCCUUAUGUUGAGAUGACUUUGAAACUGAUGGAACGUUUUGGGGUCUCAGUGGAACACAAUGAUAGCUGGGAUCAAUUCUUGGUGCGUGGGGGCCAAAAAUACAAGUCUCCUGGACAUGCUUAUGUCGAAGGUGAUGCUUCAAGUGCAAGUUACUUCCUUGCUGGUGCGGCCGUCACUGGUGGGACAGUUACUGUUGAAGGUUGUGGCACCAGUAGUUUACAGGGGGAUGUAAAGUUUGCUGAAGUUCUUGAGAAGAUGGGAGCCAAAGUAACCUGGACAGAGAACAGUGUCACCGUCACUGGACCCCCACGGGACUCUCCGAGGAGCAAACAUCUGAAAGCCAUUGAUGUCAACAUGAACAAAAUGCCUGAUGUUGCUAUGACACUCGCCGUAGUUGCAUUAUAUGCUGAUGGUCCAACUGCCAUUAGAGAUGUUGCAAGUUGGAGAGUAAAGGAGACCGAACGUAUGAUUGCCAUUUGCACAGAGCUCCGAAAGCUUGGAGCGACGGUUGAAGAAGGUCCAGAUUAUUGUAUAAUCACUCCACCAGAGAAACUAAACGUGACGGCCAUAGACACAUACGACGAUCACAGAAUGGCCAUGGCAUUCUCCCUUGCUGCCUGCAAAGAUGUUCCAGUUACCAUUAAGGAUCCUGGGUGCACCCGAAAAACGUUCCCCGACUACUUCGAAGUGCUUCAGCAAUUCGUCAAGAGCUGAAAACAACCCAGAGAGAAAAGUAAGGUAACAGCUGUUUCAUUACUGCCAAAGCAGUAAGGAGGUUAUUUUGUACUACUUGGUAUAACCUGAGAGCUUUUAUUAGUGGAAAGGCUGAUUUUGGAACUUUCAGACGCUUAAUUCACUUUGUACUUAUUAUUCUCCACUUUUGUUUCUAAUCACCCUUCAACAUUUUCUAUCUUUAUCAUUGUAUGCAUGUGUUUGCUCCCUAGGUAUUGAAAAAAACAGUAAAAUUAUGAAUAAGAGUUCUUUGUCUUGACAUCUUUUAAACAUUUUGUAUCCAAUAAAUCUUCGAUAAA